AUGCUGCGUCCAGAUCGAAGCCUGGUUGAAAGACUGUUCGCCAGCGGGCAUAUACGCACCCUGGUGUGUACGGCCACCCUGGCGUGGGGUGUGAACUUGCCCGCGCAUGCGGUUGUCAUCCGUGGGACUCGAGUUUACAAAGCGGAACAAUCUGAUUUCACCAAUCUGGACGUUCUUGAUGUAUUGCAAAUUUUCGGCAGAGCUGGUCGACCACAAUUUGAUCGCUUAGGUGUAGCUACCAUAAUCACCACAAAAGACAUGCUGGACUACUAUUUGCGUCGGAUCACCAAUCAACAUCCGAUUGAGAGCACACUGUUGAAAAACCUGCACGACCAUUUGAACGCCGAGAUCGCUCUAGGAACUAUCAAUAAUCUGGAUGAUGCCGUAACUUGGUUAAAAGAUACUUAUUUGUUCAUUCGUCUCGUGCGAAAUCCGUUGCAUUAUGGACUUCAAGGAGACUUUGCCGAGCGUGAUCCGGACCUGUCGGAAUAUCUUCGUCAUGCUCUGCGAGCCAGUGCGAUGGCUUUAGACGAGGCUGAGAUGAUUCGAUUCGAACCGAGCACUGGGCAACUGGCUUCCACUGAUCGCGGUCGUACAGCUAGCCUAUNAUACUAUAUUCGAUACAGUACUGCAUCGAUGGUUCGGGAUACCCUGGAACCGUCCAUGAUCUUGCCUCAACUGUUCUCGGUACUGAGCGAGGCUUCGGAAUUUGCCGCAAUGAAGGUUCGAGAUGAAGAAGGUACGGAAUUGGUUGAAUUGAAGGAAUCAUUCUGUCAUGUGACUGUCGACAAAUCUGGUACAGUAGACACAGAUGUCCCAGCCAAGGUGAACACGCUCUUGCAGGGCUACAUCAGUCGUCAUCAACCCAAUUGUCACUCCUUGGCUUCCGAUAUGAAUUAUAUUCAUCAAAAUGCUGGUCGCCUGGUUCGCUAUUUGUUCGAGAUCUCCUUACGUCAGGGCUGGGCCGGAUGUGCUUCCUCUGCACUACAACUGGCUCGAAUGAUAGAACAACGUCAGUGGAACAACCAAUCUCCCCUAUGGCAGUUUUGUGAUGCGUCUACUGCCAGUCUGCUCGAACGGGUCGAUUCUUUAUCACUGUCUGUGGAUCGCAUACGGGAGACAGAUGCGGACGAGCUAGCUCAUCUUUUGCACAGCCGUAACCGAUUCCGUGCAUCAGAGAUCAUCCGUAUGGCUUCCUAUGUCCCACAAAUCCAGAUCAAUGCCGAGACCCAACCAAUCACACGAACCAUUCUACGUGUUCGAAUCGAAUUGACACCGGAUUUUACUUGGUUUGAUCGAUUUCAUGGACUGCAGCAGAAUUUCUGGGUUUGGAUAGAAGAUCCGGAUCAGGGAUUGAUCUAUCACUCGGAAUAUUGGACUCUGACGAAACGUACGUGGAAACUCAAAGAACCGGUCAGUCUGAGUUGUACCAUACCGUUGUUCGAACCGUUCCCGGCACAAUAUUUGAUUCGUGUGAUUAGUGAUCAGUGGCUCGGAGCCGAUUCGGUAUAUGCGAUCUCUUUCAAACGCCUAAUCCUUCCGCCAGCUGAUCCACCGCAUACGGAUCUGUUGAAUCUGGAACCGCUCUCAGUCACCGCGUUACAGAACGCUCAGUAUGAGAUGCUGUACAAAUUCACUCACUUCAAUCCGAUUCAGACACAAAUCUUCCACACACUGUAUCAUCAGGAUGUGAAUGUGCUGCUAGGUGCACCAACCGGAUCCGGUAAAACAGUCGCGGCCGAAUUAGCCAUAUUCCGUGUAUUCAAUGAAACCCCGAAGAAAAAAUGUGUGUAUAUUGCCCCACUAAAGGCCCUUGUACGAGAGCGAAUUGAGGAUUGGAGCGUUCGGAUCGGAGAAAAAUUAGGCAAACGAGUGGUUGAAUUGACUGGAGAUGUAACCCCGGAUAUUUGGCAACUGAUGCACGCGGAUCUGAUAGUGACCACACCAGAAAAAUGGGAUGGGAUCUCACGAUCCUGGCAACAGCGUGCGUACGUGCGCCACAUUGCUCUGAUUGUAAUCGAUGAGAUUCAUCUGCUCGGAGAAGAACGCGGUCCGGUUCUUGAGUUUGAAAAACCGCAUUGUGUGGACACGGAGUUAUUUGAUUCGAUGCAAUCGUAUCAAUAUCCGGUUAGUUUUUUUAUGCCGGCGGAUUUCUGCAUUACCUCCAGCAGAAGCGUCACCUCUGUUUAA